AUGACGAUGGCAAGCAACAUUGUGGUCGAGUGGUUGCGCUCCCUUCACCUGGGUCAAUAUUCCGAGUCGUUUAUCGACAACGGUUACGACGACCUUGAGAUCUGCAAGCAGAUCGGGGAUCCUGACCUGGACGCGAUCGGAGUCUUCAAUCAGACACACCGGGCACGUCUGCUGCAGUCCGUGAAGACCCUAAGGGAGGAAGGCGCCGCGAGCGUUUAUUUUACGCUGGAGGAGAGUAAUGACUGUCUCUGCGACAAUGUCAGCUCCAAGUCCUCCAGGACAUCCUCCGAGAGACCACCCAGUGAUAAAGAGGCGCAGAGGGCCUCGCCAACCGCCAGCUCUUCCAGCGGCGGUCAGGAAUUAACCAAGUUCGCGGACGAAUACGAGGAGGGAAAGGCGGAGCUCGUCAGAAUCCCGAGGAUGCAGCUCAGGAUGCUGCUGCAGGAGAAGCUGAGACACGACGGCAUCAGGUUGGCCUGUCAACCGUAUACAACACCGACUGUGAUGGCAUACCUCUACAGUUAUCAGUUUGAAAUAACCAAAUAUGAUUAA